AUGGUUGUCAUCGAGGAUCUUCCCCAGAUCAGGGUCGCUGUCCGCAUCACUGGCUCGGAUAGCGAUUGUGUCGAAUAUGACGAUCCAGAUCCUCCAAUCACACCGUCAGUUGGUGGCACUGCACAACACUCCGUCGCAAAGAUCAUCCAAAGCGAAGACGAUGCGGAAUUCUUCGUACACUACCGUAUCGAUAACAGUUUGGGUUGGUAUGGUGGCAACAAGGGUCUGGCAGUGGCCUGCUACAUCGAUGGCAAGCGCAUGGGUUCAAAAGCUGCGAUGGAGAAACAUCUGCGAAAUGGGUCUAUCCACGGACUUGAGAACCGCAAGGACAAGCUCAAGGAAGAUAUGGAAGCCGCCAAGCAUCUAGGGGUUAUCGAAGUUGUUGCUCUUAUCAAGAGCACCGUGACACAUGGUACCUCUUUUACCGAGGGAAAAGACGUCGAACCGCCUGAAAGUUUUGUUACCAAGUAUCCAGACGGAAAUCGGCUCAUUGCUCGGUAUUUUUUCAGGUACAAGUCCGGCCCCAUUCUCGAAAACGAAGGCAUCAUCCAGCGUGACGAUUUGCCGGAGACUUCCGUACCUCCUCGGCUCUCGCCAUUGCAUGAUAACCUCACCAUCGAUGAUCUGUCCCAGGAAAAGAUCAGGCGGCUGGCCCAGGAGCGUCUCGACGAUCUUAAUACCGUGAAACGAGAGGAGAAAGUCAAGAGAGAAGGUAGCCCACACCCCGACAUGCGACCAAGCAAGGUCUACAAGGUGGAUUCUGAUGGUGCGAUUGACCUCACGGAUGAGUGA